GAGGAGGGGGAGAAGGGCUUUUGUGACGCCCCCAGCUCGGGGGCGUCAUAAGAGCCCCGCCCCCAUGCUGGGGGUCACCUUGGGAGGCUUCCAGCGUUUGGCAGCAGCAGCAGCAUCAGCGGUGGACACGAUGGUUGUGCUGUCAAAGGAGUAUGGCUGUGUGGUGUUGACAGGUGUUGCCAGCACUUUGCUGGUGACUUACCUGGGCAUACGGGUUGGCAUGGCUCGUAGGAAGUAUAAAGUGCUGUACCCAGAAAUGUACAGCAAUGAUCCGGAACAUGGCCAUAUAUUCAACUGCAUUCAGCGUGCCCACCAAAAUACGCUGGAGGGCUACCCGGUCUUCCUAUUCCUCCUCAUGACGGGCGGCCUGCAGCAUCCACGGAUCUCCAGCGCUCUGGGUGGUGUGUGGAUCCUUGGCCGGUUCGUUUUUGCUCAUGGCUACUCCACAGGUGACCCGAGGAAGCGAAUGCGCGGGAUGUUCGGUAACUUGGGGCUGCUUGGCCUGCUUGGAACUUCGGUCUGCUUCGCGGUGCACCAGUUGGGCUGGGCACCGAUCCGCUAACUUAGGAACACCAUGUCAGCAUCAAACACUCCAACACUAAUUAUACCGCCAAGUAAUAAUUAAAGGUAUCAUGGAGAAUAAAAUGUAAAAUAAAUAAGCAAACAAGAUACCUCAUAUCUAUCCCUCCAUAUGAAAAAUACAAGUAUUUUUUACACAUCCCUUCAGCCACAGCGUUCUGGGAGUGCAUACUAUUAGUAGCAUUGUUUAAACAAAAGCAAACUGUUUUAGUUUUUACAUUCAACGUCCCAUUAGCAGUCAGGCUUGCUUGAUCCAAUGCUGGUGAACUGCCAGAUGCCAUAUGCAAGGAUCCUCUCGGUAUGGGUCAUAAUUCAUUGCAAAAAUAUAUAAUAGACAAUACAGAUUUAACACGUAGGCUUUCACGACCAACCCAAAAUCUUCUAUUAUGGAAGACAAUACAGAAUAAUAAUUAGCAUCUAAACAGCCACGUGACUGAUGCAUUGUGUAUGAGAGAGAGCUCUGAAGGAGGUGUAUUGUCUGCUUAUUUACAUUGGAUCACUGGUGUGGGAAAGAUAACUUGUAAAACAGCCAGGCUACGGAAGUAUGUUUGGCCGUUGGUACACUUCGUUUUAUAUUCAUCGUUGAUUUUGUGGGUUAAGCCACCACAUAAUGAUCUGAUAAAAUGUAUGUAAAGACCCUCCACCACCCAAUACGGCCAAAAAUGUUUAAUUGUCAUUGGCAAUUAUUAUUGUAGAGCUCAGAACAAUUCUCACUGGUGAUCUGUAACAAAAUUAUCAUAAUUAGCCAUUUCAAAUAACUGCAGUAUGUCUUGACUAUCACCAAAAAAUAAAUUCUACUUUUCUGACCUGACCAUAGCUUGAAGUAUAAAACCAAUUGCCAUUUCCUAUGAACUCAAUGUGUUUGUGGUUUAUGUCUUUUGAAUACGCAUUUGUACUGCGUGAGUUUGUGUUUCCUUUGCUUUAUAGAAAUAGGGUGGCUCGUUGCUAUUGUCACACCGAGUAUGGUAAUCACUUUGGGAGAGGACUUUAUGUGGCCAGUAUUUGAUUCCUUGUGCUGCUCUUAAAUGGGUUUGUGAUUGUAUUUACCUCUAACAGAAAUGUCAGCCAAUUUUUGGGAUGAAAUAAAAAAAUAGUUUGCA